AUAAUAAACGGCAACAGCAAUGGUUACCGACAGCGGCCACUAUUCGCAAUGAUCUCAAAUCAAUGAUGAAAGAUCUGACCGCCAGUGGCGGCAUCGGCUGCGGCUCGUUCUGGUCAACAGACCCGAAGACACUUAACAACCAAUUGGUUGAAUGGGCCGAUCGUUACGAACAAUCGGGACACAGACGAAAAUCCCACUACUGGCCAAACCAGUGGCUAAUGCCGUGUACGGUAAAGAAACAACAAAUUAGUGGCAAUCGGUCAGUAGUGUCAGCGAUGUCGGAUGAUAGUGAUGACCGCAAAUCAAUUAUCAUAGGAUUGGCCAACAGUGGCCCAAACGCUAACAAACGAGUGUUGGCUGCCGUCCUACAAUUGGUCCGGUCGUGGAACGAUCCGAUGAUCAACAACAACAACAUAGCCGAUGAUUUGAUUGAAUCGGUCGAACGUAACGGCAAACUGUUUGGCCGAUCGCUGACAAAUGGUACCGCAAACGUAUUGGUUACGGCCCGUACGGUCGAAGCCAAUUGCCUGUUACUUGCCGGCGCCGAUAAGUAUCUUAAUACCGGCACCGAUAGUAGUGGUAUUAAAUGGAAGUCCAAAUACCAGUGUCUAUCACUACAACAAAACAAUGGCAAUCAAGAAGUGGCGGCAUCUGAUCUGUCGUCGAUAAUCUCCAAUAUUAACGAUCGCAAGUCUAUUAUCAUAGGAUUGGCCAGCAUUCGGGUACAUAAGUCACGGUCGUCGGCUAAGUAUAAAAACAAGUCAGUGUUGGCAGCCGUUAGACAACUGGUCCGGUCGUGGAACGAUCCGAUGCUUACCCCAAACUAUAUGAUUGAAUCGGUCGAUUGUAACGGCAAACUGUUUGGCCGAUCGCCGAUAAAUGGCACCGCAAACGUGUUGGUUACGGCGCCUACAGUUGAGGCCAAUCGCCAGUUGCUUGCCGCCGCCGAUAAGUAUUUUAACAAUACUGGCGACGGCAGUAGUAGUAGUAGCAGUAAUGUUGGUAUUAAAUGGUUGCCAUACCAGUGCUGUCAUCGAUUACUAUCAAAACAAUCGGGACCUCAACAGGAGGUAUCAAAUCUGGAUCAGUCAACAACACCAACAGCAGCAGCACCGGGACUGGCCAACAUUGGAGAUAACAAAAGCUCGGUAUUAGCUGCCGUUAGACAACUGGUCCAGUCGUGGAACGAUCCGACACUGACCAACGCCAGUGAAUUGAUCCGAUCGGUUGACCAGAACAAACGGUACGGACUGUCGUUGACAAAUGGCACCGCAAACAUGUUAGUGACGACCGGUACGAUUGAAGCCAAUCUUCAAUUGCUAGCGGCCGCUGAUAAGUAUAUUAAUAGUAGUAGUAGUACUAGUAUUGGUAUUAAAUGGGAGCCAUACCUAAGCUAUCGUCGAUCAAAAUCAUCACAAUUGGUUCAAUCGGUUAUCCGUGGUUUGGACGUCAAAGGUGUCCGAAAUUUGACAAAUUUUGUCCGCAAAUUGGUGGACAACUUGAAUAUCAGGAAAAUUAAAGGUUCGACAAUCAAGUCGGUUACGUAUUUGUCGUCCAAUGGCACCCUAUUUGUGACUACUGUAUGCAGUCCUAAGACUACCCGUGCCCUACUAAUGACUGCCAUACAAAAUGGUAUUGAUUGGACAGAAUAUCGGGACCCGAAAAAUCUGAAUCAACAACAAAUACGAGAUGUCCAGGAAGUGAUCGAAAAUAAUAAAAAUAUUUCAAUGAUUUUCGGUUUGGACAUCCCUGGUGUCGACAAUCAUCUGACUGCGUAUGUGCGCCGUUUGGUUGACAACUGGCCAAAAGCUAACCGCAAAGUUAACGGUGCAAUGAUUAUGUCGGUUGAGUCCAAUCAACCGAUUGCCGACAACCUGUUGACGACCUCCUUAUUUGUUAGGGCAUGUAGUCUUGAGGCCACUUAUGCACUGAUCGAGACGGCCAAACAAAACGGUAUCAAUUGGUAUAAAUAUCGGGACACAGAUUUAGUACGUGAAGUGGUCACCAGUAGUGGCUGUAUUUCAGAGAUUCACGGUUUGAAUACUAGCGGUCACCGAUCGGCUGAUGUGUUGGCAACGGUUCGCCAAUUGGUCGACGUCUGGAACGACCCGACAGUUACCGGCGAUUUGAUUGAAUCGGUUGAAUCCAAUACAAUACUGACAACAAUAACAACAACAGGUUAUACCGACAACAAUAGUCAACCGUUUUUCUAUGUUAUGGCCAAAGAUACUGAUGCUAACAGUCUGUUAUUGAAGACAGCGGCUGAAAAGUAUAACUCAAGCACCGGUAGUACUAGUAGUAGUAGUUGUAUCUCAUGGUUGCCGCACUCGUAUCGGUCACAUUACGAUCCGGUUAGUGGCCAGUCGUAUACAUUGUGUAUUAAAUUAUUGGCCGAAAACUAUACGAACAUUGAUUAUGACAGUAUCGGCAAUUUGAUCGAUUUUGUCUGGCAAUUGGUGGCCAAUUGGACCGAUAAAAUAAUUAACCGUGCUAUAAUAGUUUCGGUAGAGCCGUACAUCGAAAAGCUACCGGUUCUCGAAUAUUUGUUGUUAUAUGUUCGGACUGUCAGUCCGACGGCCACUAGCGAUCUGGUUAUGGCUUUGCGUAGUCGGCAUAUUAAAUGUCAUAUUGUUAAGCAUAACAAUCUGGAAAACCUAACCGAUUGAAAACCAAUACCAGUGCCCACACUUAACGUGUGAUUGAUUCAGCAAUAUAUGAAAUUU